AAGUGCUGGGCUCAGGACACCGGAGAGAAUCCUGAGCUAAGCAAGCACACGGACAAAAAUGGCACUGACCACUCAAAUCCAGAUCACCUGUGUCUUCUUCCUUCUCCUCUCCAACUUUGUCUGUCCAUCUGUUCUUCCAAGCAAGACACGGGACCUUGUGCAGACACCACUCCAAGAGGUGGCCCCAGCUCACGAUGACUCGAUGCAGCCCCUGCUUCAGAGGACAAAGAGAUUCGACAGCCACUUUUCCUUCUGCGUAUUCUGCUGUGACUGCUGUAACAAUAAAAAAUGCGGUUUUUGUUGCCGGACGUGACUGGAGCCCAUUGCCUCGUCUCAGCUCCCUCCCAAGUUCCCUUCCCCACUUCAUUUUCUAAUUUAUUUUCUCCCCUCCCCCUGCCCCUCCCCCUGGCCCUUCCUGUUGUGACUGUCUCAAAAUAAAAUGGUAUGUUUUCCCCAAAAA